AUGGAUGGUGAGGACGAAAUCCCCUGGCAGGAUGAUCCGGAGGAGUACGAAAAUGACGAUGAUGAGGCUGAGAACCUUCAUUACGUCAUUGACGUUGUCGAGUCGAGGUUGGUUGAUCCUGAAGAGAUCAAGGAGGAGGUUUCAGGAAUGCGGCAGCGCCUCGAAAGAGAUGUCAGUGCUUCUGAGGCCGCCGAGGUCGAAGUGGUCGUUGAUCGGCAACAACAAGACAACUCAAACGAGGUCAUCCGCGGGAGUAUACAGGAACUCACUGAUGCCGUGAAUCGUUUGCGCGCAGAGAUCCAGGCGCAGCCCGAGGGCCGGCUGGGUAUGUCAGCUCGUAAUUGGCAAAGGGUCAAGUAUAUUGCUGCCGCAGGAUUGGGGAUCUACGCGUUCACGUCGGACACGUUCCAAAUCGUCAGCUUCAUACAAGCUGCUGUGACAGGCUCUUUCUUUCUGCGAACCAUGGAGCGUCUCUACGAAGCAGACGACCCGGCCGCGAAAACUCGGCAGGCAGUAAUUGACUGGGUGAACCAGGACGAAAAUUCGUUCUGGAAAUCACAAGCUGAUUACUACGUGCCGAAGACCAAGUAUUCGUUGAUGGCGCAGAUCAACAAUGCCCAAAUGAUGAUGUAUGUCGCCGGCAACAGCUCCAAGUUAAAUCCUGUCAUUCGAUGGGACGCAGCCGAGAAGCUGGCUAUCGUGCAGGGUCUAUCGAAGACGUACCUAAACAUGGGAUCCCGAGCGAUGUAUCUUUCCGUGACCUCAUACGAGCAUGAGGGCAAGCCAAUCCCUCGAGUCGCUGCUCUAGGGUGUGUGUCGCUUGCACUCGCGCUGGUUAUCGAGCACUUGCAGGCUAAAAGCGGAAAUACAAUUCUUCUGCGUUCUAAUGUAGCCGGAGCUACUCUUGAGGCCACCGAUCGCCCAGCCAAACACUUCGAGCCCAUUUUCGUGUUUCAGAAGGUUUUCGAUCCUGAUUUGGAAUUGCGGGACUACGCACGACUCAUUACCAAGGCUUGGAAUGUUACGAUGCACAUCUCGCAGAAAGAUGAACCUACGCGCGAUCUGUUCCUUCACAAUUCACCGAAAGAUGUCAUCAAUGACGAGCUUAUAAUGGAUGACGCUAGUAAGGUCUUGUCAAAACUCACUGAUGCUACUGUCAGAAGCAAAAUACAAAAAGUCGUUGAUCGAUUCUUGUCGAUGUGCUCAACGACGUAUCCUCUACUCCCUGGGGAAACCAUCACUGAAAAUCACCUCGCAAUGCUUACUGCGCCAUAUCGCUAUGCUGUACCAGGAGCUAUUGCGUAUGUGCGUACAACGAACGAGGCGGAAACGGUUUUUAUUGCCCAUCAAGUACGGUUCGAUGUGUCUACUGGCCACCCUGCACUUGUAUAUCACCAAGCCGCGCAGAUCUUCAAAACGCCAAUCACCAAGAUGGUGCGGUUCAGCGAGUCUAACCUGACCGAAGCCGACUUCUUCAAGACGUAUAUAGGCCCUGUUGCACAGACGCUCGCGUUUGCUCUGCCUCCGCCCUGGAAUGUCUUUGGUGCUGCAGGGUUUCAGAUCCUCGAUGAGAUCUUUGGUUCUUUCGGAAGCGGCCCUAAUCUCGCCUUAGUCAUUAAGAACCUUCUCGAGGAAACUGUGCAAGCUAUGAAGAAUCUCUUACUGGAUGACGCCGUUCGCCAGGCCACGAAUUCCAUCAACGCCUUCAUUGAGUGGGUGUCCAUUGCCACAACUGGGCUUGACAGCCUGAUCUCAGACAACGAAAUUUGGAUUAACCAAACACUCGAUACGCUCGGUGACGUGAAUAAUCCCAGUUUCACGGGAAACAUACUGAAUGAUCUUAUCGCCCUCACUAGCCCGGAGCUAUGCACUAUUCAGAGAGACGAGGUCAUCAGCCUCGCUUUCAUGGCAGCAAGCUCCCUUUUCUUCUCUUAUCGCCUUCGUUGUCAACUCUAUUCCUUGUUGGCUUCGUUCGCGCAAAGCAAGAAACAAAUGGAUGAAUAUGACCGCAAUGCUGGCGAGUUCUACAUACUCACAACCGAAUUUGAGGUAACCCUCCAAACCUGGGUCGACACACUGAAGGCAAAAGUCGAUGAUCUAGUCAAAGCUCGCAAAGAUUGUGUGACACCCGUCCAUUAUUACGACAACAGGAGCACUCAAUGCCACAGUCAUGGUGGGCCCGCUGGCGGAACUAGCUGCGACACAUCGGGUGACGAUGGCUAUGCCUGUGAAGAUACUUUUCUUGGCACAACACCUGCGAAAACGCCAAACAACCGCUGGACGAGCGGAUGUUGCCACCAAAACGACCAUUGUGAUACGUUUGAAGACCAGGUCAAUGCAGCUCGCAACAAUUACCUAGCGGACCUUGACAAGGCUCUGAAUGUCAAAUAUGCAGAUCACUUCAAGACCAUUGACGAGUGGAAUGCGAGCCUAGGGAAAGUUAAAGCGAUGAUGCCUCCAAAACAGCCGGCCGCUCCUACUAUCUCUACGUGGCUUCAACAAGCCCCGGACCCAGACCUCCAGGGAAAACAGGUGCAAUAUCUCGUCGAGUUUGUCAACAACAAUGGACCAUCAUCCAUCAGCGCCGGUAGUGGGUUCGCGAGUAUUCUGACAGGGGAGGCCCCCCAAGUCUCAAUCCCCAUCGAUCCUAAUGGAGCGGCGACUAAGCGCAAUAUUUAUCGCCAGCUGAUUGACUCUUCUGGAACAACACGAGACAGGGAGAAGGUAGACAUCGUGAACAAUAAUACUACGCAAAUUUGGGUGGAUGGCAAGAAAUUGCUGAGGCGUGGGCUCCUUGGGCACUCGCAGCCACCGUACCGUCCCUCCCGGCUCUAAACAGCUUCGCUCUCUCGUUUUUUCUUUUAAAU